UCCCGCGGGCGCACGCGCGGGGGGGCGGAGCCUCUUUCGUCAGCGCUGUCAAUGGCGGCGGCGGGACUGGGACCCGGCGAGGCCGCCGCUGCCGCUCACGCUCUGUCGCUGCCGGCCGAGGCCUUCGGCAAUGAUCCCCGCGUGGAGCUGGCCUGGGCCAUGAGGGCGCACCAGCACGCCGAGAUCUACUUCAAUCUCAUCUCCUCCGUGGACCCCAAGUUCCUGAACCUGACCAAGGUCGAUGACCAAAUCUACCGCGAGUUCAGGGCGGCCUUCAGGGACCUGCGGGUGGAGGUGCUGGACCCCGAGGAGCUGAAGUCGGAGCCUGCCAAGGAGAAGUGGCGCCCGUUCUGCCUGCGCUUCCAGGGGCUGGUGGAGGACUUCAACUACGGCACCUUGCUGCGCCUGGACUGCCGCGGCGGCUACACCGAGGACAACAGCAUCUUCGCCACCAGGAUCCAGUUCUUCGCCAUCGAGAUCGCUCGGAACAGGGAGGGAUGGAACAGCGCUGUCUACAGCAGGGCCAGGGAGCCGGCAGCUCUGGAAGCGGCGUCGGGGUCGGGGUGAGGAUGGGACCAGCUCCAAGAGGGGCAGGGAGCUGGUGGCCAGGCGGGGGCCCGGCAGGGCUGCACCCACCCCGUCACAGGCUGUAAAUAAACGUUUUUACACUGAAGG